UCUUUUUUUUCAAGUGAAAAAAAAAAAAUCCCAUUCCUGAUACCGAAGAGAAGUAGCGAUUACAUUCGAUGACUCGGACUCGCCGUUGUCCCAAGGCACCUUCGAGAGCUCAACAAGCCUGAAUGCGGGAGACAGAGACAGCAGCAAUGGAGGAUUUGCGGGGUGCUCUAAAAAAUCGUAAUUUAACGGUCUCCACCGUGGCAGAUAAGGGUCGUUGUCUCUCAGCCAUGAGAGAUUUUUAUCCAGGAGACGUAAUUAUAAGCCAGGAGCCUUAUGUUUGUGUGCCAAAUAAUUCUUCAGCCGAAAGCAGGUGUGAUGGAUGUUUCACGACAAGUAAACUUAAAAAGUGCUCUGGUUGUCAAGCUGUAUGGUAUUGUGGAAGCACUUGCCAGAGGGCAGAGUGGAAGUUGCAUCGUCUUGAAUGUGAAGUCCUCUCAAGGCUGGAAAAGGACAAGAGAAAAUCUGUCACACCAUCUAUUCGUCUGAUGGUAAAACUUUAUCUUCGAAGGAAGUUGCAAAGUGAGAAGGUUAUCCCAAGCACUGCUUCAGACAACUAUAACUUGGUGGAGGCAUUAGUGGCACGUAUCCUUUUGGCAUUUUUUGCCUUUAGAUCUAGUGUACUUAACACGGUUCUUGGUAUAUUUUCUCACAUGUCAAUGAUGAUUGUACUUUUUAACACUAACUUCGACGUAGAUAUGUCUGACAUCAAUGAGGAACGGCUGGUUCUGUACGCACAGAUGGCUAAUCUUGUAAACUUGAUAUUACAGUGGCCUGAAAUCAACAUCAAAGAGAUUGCAGAAAAUUUUUCCAAGUUUGCAUGCAAUGCACAUACCAUUUGUGACAGUGAACUCAGACCCUUGGGGACAGGAUUGUAUCCUGUAAUUUCCAUAGUCAACCACAGUUGCUUGCCCAAUUCUGUGUUGGUUUUUGAGGGAAGGUCAGCUGUAGUACGGGCUGUACAACACAUACCAAAAGAUUCGGAGGUAUUGAUAAGUUAUAUAGAGACUGCUAGAAGCACCAUGACUCGGCAGAAGGUUCUCAAAGAGCAGUACCUAUUCACUUGUACCUGUCCCCGCUGUGUUAGAAUGGGCCAAUUUGAUGAUAUUCGAGAAAGUGCAAUUUUGGAAGGAUACAGAUGCAAGAAUGAAAAAUGCUGUGGUUUCUUGCUUCGUACUAAUGAUGGACAAGGAUUCCAAUGCCAAGAAUGUGGACUAGUCAGGGAUAUGGAAGAGAUCAAGUUGAUUGAAACCAAAGUAAAAUCACUAUCUGAAGACAAAGCUCCUAAACUUCAUACAACUGGCAAUUAUCAGGAAGCUGUUGCUGUAUACAAAAUAAUUGAGAAAUUCCAAUCAGCACUGUGCCAUCCCUUUUCAAUCAGCUUGUUGCAAACUCGAGAAAAGCUUUUGAAGUUAUUGAUGGAGCUGGAACAUUGGAGAGAAGCUCUGCAAUACUGCAAAUUGACCUUACCGGUCUAUCAAAGAGUUUAUCCAGCAGUUCAUCCAUUGCUUGGCUUGCAAUAUUAUACUUGUGGAAAGCUUGAAUGGUAUCUGGGGGACGCGGAUGGUGCUGUUAAAUCGCUGACCAAGGCAGUGGAUGUACUAAGAAUCACUCAUGGGACAAAUGCUCCUUUCAUGAAGGAACUCUUGAUGAAGUUGGAAGAAGCCCGUGCAGAAGCCUCUUACCAACAGUCCUCCAGAUACAAUUAGCAGCAUAUACUUCCCGGAACCGUAUCUUAUGUGCCCAUGGCUAUUUUUUCAUGAUUAUUAUAAUGUUUAAGAAUAAUUACAUAUUAUUAAGUUUUAACUAUUUAAAAUGUUAGUGCAUAAAUUUCAAAAAAAAAAAAAACCACUAUAGUUAUUUUUUGAAAAUUAGGGAUCAAUUUUUUAAAUGGUUAAAAUUAUAAAAAUUCAAGAAUGAAGUUAUAUUUGAUCAAAAUUUUAGGAUUCAGUUAUAAUUUAGCUAAAAUUAUAUGAACUAAAUGGCUAUUUUUUUUAAUAGUUUAAGAGUUAAUGCUAACUUCCUUUUUCCUUUGUUGUAUCAUUUAUUUGUUAAAUUUUUUAUGUUCAUAUAUUCUUAUUUUGAAGUUUGUAUUUAAAUUUUUUUCUCCAUCUAUAUGCAACAUGCAAAUUAAUUUCGCGGAAAGCCCAUCCCCCUUUUUCCAUUUUAUAAUUCCCCUAAUUUGUUACUCAAGGUAGGCCAUAUAAUUUGAGGUUCCCCGCGCACCCUCCCCGCCACCCCCCCCCCCAAAAAAAUAAAAAAAAAACCAAAUAAGCAAUGCUUGUCAAUUGUCAUGUCAUUCAAAAAUUAUUUUUUUAUGUAUUCAGCACAUGACAAUUGAUUAAUCUUCAAUAAAAUGAAACCCUUGAAAAUCGAAGAAAAACUGAAUCAAUUGACAUUGUAUUCAUAAUACCAAUUUCGGGCCUUCUAUUUUUAUUCCAUUUUUGUCAAGUCAAAAGAAGUUGAUUUGAUUGAUUCGAUGUAUUUCUAAACAUGCCUGACCUAAAUUAUUAGUUGCCAAUUUUUUCCUAUGAGGAGAAUUUAGACCCUAAUUCUAUCCACACUGAAUUUUACUUGUUAGAAGUUUAGGCUUCACUAAUUAGAUUUGGGUUGAAGCAAUGGGUUAUGCUGGUGAGAUUUAGGUCCUGUGGGAUAUCCACCAAGUGCAGGUGGAGCGUAUCUUUUCUAAUACCCAAUUCUUCACUGCAAAAGUCAAGGACAUGUUCCCCGCUGAAUAAUUUCUCGUCUCUUUUGUCUAUGGGGAACCUCAUCCAUAUGGGUGUGAAUUAUUCUGGAACUCUCUUCGACUUAUUGCUCAAAAUAUGGGUAACGCUUGGCCUGUGUUGGGGGAUUUUAACGCAUAUCUCUCUUUGGAUAAAUUUGGGGGUGCUGACCCUAAUGUUACUUCUGUGAGAAACUUCUAGGAUUGUAUUGAUGAUAUAGAUAUUAAAGAAUUGACUAUGGUAGGGGAUUGGUAUACUUGGGAAAGGAAUAGAAUUAAGGGACAUCUGGAUUGGGUUUUUUGAAACUCUUUAUAGGAGAACCGUUUUGAGCAUAUGAAGGCGUUCCAUCAUUUGAGGUAUAAAUCUGAUCAGAGAGCGAUUGUCGUUGCCAGUUCUCAUGUCUCCCUUAUCCACAAGAAAGAUCUAGUUUUUAGAUAUAAUGUAGCUUGGUUAGUGGAGGAUGGGUUUGUAGAUAUUGUGGCUGAAGCUUGGGAUGGGAAUUCUUUGUCAGAGGGGAUCAAGAAAUUCUCUAACCUGGCUUCCUCUCAGAAUGUCAUCCAGGUCAAGAGUAUAGUAGGUCAAGAGGGGAUUGAUAGAGCUAGAAGGUCAGAGGAUAAAAUAGGCUUGUGGCGUUUGGAGUGAUCUCUUUGGGACGAUCAUUGGAAACUUUCAGCCUAAGAGGAACUCAUAUGGUACCAAAAAGCUUGGUGUAAAUGGCUUAGUUGGGGGGACACAAAAAUACGAGUUUUUUCCAUGCUAUAGUACAGGCCAAGAAGGCGAGGAAUGCUGUUAAUGCCCUCCAUAAUGGAGAUGGAGAUUGGAUAUUUGACCAAGUUGAGUUCAAGGAGCUGGCUUAUAAGUUUUUUGAGAACCUCUACUCUAGUGAAAGACCACCUUUCUCUAUACAUUUUCUCACAGCGCUUUUCCAUCCCCUAGUGGCGAGAUCCUUAAUUAUAUCCAGCGUGAGGUUUCGAAUAUUGAGACCAAGAACACUGUCUCUUCAAUGGGUGGUUUUAAGGUGCCAAGUUUGGAUGGUCUUUAGGCACAUUUCUUCCAUACUCGAUGGGAGUUGGUAUGAAACAAACUUUGUCAUUUUGUCAAGGAGGUUUUUCAAAAUCCUGGCCUUAUUUAAGAUCAAAACCAAACAAAUAUAGUCCUAGUCCCAAAGGUGGAGCAUCCCGAUUCUGUCAAGGAUUUUUGUCUAAUCUCCCUUUGCAAUGUCUCUUUUAAAACAGCGACUGAGAUUUUGGCGAAUAGGCUUAGGGGCUUUCUAGAUCAUCUUAUAAAGCUUACCCAGUGUAAUUUUAUUGCAAGAAGGCAAGGGUGUGAUAAUAUUAUUACCACAGGAGGCCAUUUACAUUAUGAUAACUAAGAAGAGAAGAAAAGGCUUCUUUGUCAUUAAGGUGGACAUGGAGAAAGUGUAUGACAUAUUAGAAUGGGAUUUUAUUGAGGAUACCCUAUCUUCAAUUGGCUUAGGUAAUUCAUUCUCUGCUAUCAUUAUGGCUUGCAUGUGCUUUAUGGACGGAUUAUUGAACUCCUCGUUGCUCGAAAAUGCUGGAAACCCUUCAUGCUUGUGAAGAAUGGUCCUCCUCUUUUGCAUUUAUUCUUUGAUAAUGAUUUGAUACUUUUUGGCGAGGCAUCAAUGGAGCAAGUGCUGUUAGUUAAGGAAAUGAUGGAUUUCUUCUGCAAGGCAUUGGGACAUAGAAUUAAUGUAGCCAAGACCAAGCUUUUUGUGUCCUUUAAUAUUAACUUUAAUAGGGCUAUGGAGCUCAAUCAGGUGUCAGGAGUUUCUCUAAUGGGCGAUCUUGGGAAGUGCUUGAGAGUCCCCCUGUUCCACAAAUGUGUGUGUAAAGCCACUUUCCAUCUCCUAAUUCAUUCUGUUUAGAAGUGGCUGGCUAGCUGGAAAUAGCUACUGAAGUAUGGCAAGCAGAACCAUCCUCAUUAAAUCUAUCAUCUUGGCUAUCCAUAGCUAUACCAUGCAAUCAACAAUGCUUCAUUUGGGAGUUUGUGAAGAGAUUGAAAAAUGCAGUAGAGGUUUCUUUUGGAAUGGGAACUCUGACUCAAGAAGAUGCAUCUAAUAUCAUGGAAUCAAAUACAGCAAGAGAAGGAGCAAGGGGGCUUGGGGAUUAAAGAUCUAAAGGUGCAAAAUAAGGCUUUCUUCCUUAAAAUCUAUUGGGGGUCUUAAUUAUGCAACUUGAGGCAUUAUGGGUCGAUGUCUCAAGGCAAAAUAUGGCUGUGGAGAAGGUGUAUUGCCAUCAGUGGAGAAGAGAAAUGCCUCUCAUAUAUGGUCUAAUAUUGUGAAAAUAUGGGACGUCUUCCUUAUAGGCGUCCGAAGGAAGGUUAGUAAUGGUGCCUUGACUUAUUCCUGGUGGGAUAGAUGGUCUGGUCUGGAGGAACCUCUCAUUUCAUAUGUUGAUAGGAAUGAACUUCUUGUUAAUCCUCAAGCUUUGGUCAAAGAUUUCAUAACGGAGUUUGGUGAUUGGGAUUUCCGUGCUUGGGAACAUUUUAUUCCUUUAUGGAUUAUUCAGAAGCUUCGCCUUAAUUCGCUCCCUAGUAGUCCAAAUAAUGAUGUGUUUAGCUGGAGAAAUAGUAGGGUUGGGAAUUUUUCAGUCAAAGCUGCCUACAGAUUUCUGAAGAACCUGGCUAGAGAUGAUCUUACUCCUUCUUGGAAGAGAAUAUGGAAAUGGCCGGUGUCGGAAAAGAUCAAGUAUUUUCUAUGGCUGGUUCUCCUUAAUAGUUUGCCUAUUAAUUAGGGUUGAGUGAGAGUCCUUUAUGUCGUCUUGUGCGUGAGAGUGAGGAAUCCUUCACACACAUUCUGAGAGAUUGCAAAAUUACUAGAGACACAUGGGCUUUAUUUAUUAAUACUAACCUUCUUCAUAUUUUCAUGAGUUUACCCUUGCAGGUGUGGCUGGAAUGGAAUUAUAAACACAAUGCAGGAGGUGAGAGGGUUCAAAAUUGUUGUUAGAAAAAACUUUUGGUGUGAUCUGCUGGGCCCUAAGGAAAGAACGGUGCAGAGGUGCCUUGGAGGGUGUUCGUGCGUCGACCAACUGUAUCUUCCAAGCUUGCAUUCAUCAGCUCAUGGAAGAUGCAGCAUAUAAAGAAUCGAAGCGAAUAGUUGCUACAAACUCGUUUUCGGGAAGAUUGUGUCCAUUAUCCACCUCGGAAUUGCUGGGUACGAGUGGACGUGGAUGGUUCAGUAGAUGAAAACAACAACGCUGCCGGUGGCGGAGUUGUUCGUGACUCAAAUAGUAAUUGGAUUUUUGGGUUUAAAAAAUGUUUUGGACUUUCAAAACUCUACUGCUGUAGAACAACUUAGUAUCCGAACAGCACUCCAAAUCUGUUUGGAUCAGAGGAUGAACAGAAUGGAAGUGCAUUCAGACUCAAUUGAGGCGAUCAGCUUGAAUAUGAGAGAGAAUGGCAGGUUACAUCCCCUGUGGAAAGCGAUUUCUCAGAUUCAGAAGUUGAUGUCCUUGUCUUGGGAAGUUGUCUUUCACCAUUCUUACAGAGAAGACAUGAAGUGAGCAAAUCAUCUAGCAAAGAGUGCCCAUCAUUGCGGAACGCGCUUGGUAUUAUUGUCUCAAACCCCUUCGGAUUGUUUUAAUUUUCUUGAUGAGGAUAACAUGCGUUGUAAUCCUUUUAGCGUAGGCAUUUCCUAGUGUUUGCUGUAUAUUGCUUUAUUGCUGAACUUCUUCAAGUUUGUACUCGCCCUUUUAAUCAAAAAAAGAA